AGAGGCCUGGGUGCAGGCUGGGGUAGGGGCCGGGGGUGCAGGCGGGGUGCGCGGGGAGGCCCGCCCUUCGGGGAUGUGUCUGUCCCCCGGCGGGGGCGGAGCUGCAGACACCCGCCUUUUGGAACGCGAGCCCGGGAGGGGGCGCGCCUGGCGGGCGCGCGCGGGGCGGAGCGGAGCGGGCGGUGGAGAUGCGGGGCACGAGCUGCGUGGGCGGCGGGGGCGAGAGCCCCGGCGGCUCGGGCCUGAGCGAAGGCCCGCGGGGCCGCUGGCUGCGUCUGGCCCCGGUCUGCGCCUACUUCCUCUGCGUCUCGCUGGCCGCCGUGCUGCUCGCCGUCUACUACGGUCUCAUCUGGGUCCCCACGCGGGCCCACGCGGCCCCCGCCGGGCUGCCGCCCAGCGCCCCGGCCCCUCCGUGUGCCGCGCGCCCGGGCGCGCCGCCCGCCCCGGCACCCGCCGCCGCCUCGGUGUCCUGCCUCCUGGGAGCCCCCGGCGGGCCGAGACCCCAGCUCGAGCUGCCGCGGAGCCGCCGGCACAGCGACCCCAGCCGCCGCCAGCCGCCAGGGGAGACGCCGCAGGCCGCGGAUGGACCAGGACCCGGGUGACCCUCCCUCCCAGCCCUGCCCGGACCGCAGGCGCAGCGUCCGUCCGUCAUCCUUAAGAAUGGGGCCGGAAGGGAGAUGCUGGGGGUCCUCUCUUCCCCACAGGCUCCUGAGCGCAGAACCGGCCGCCCACCGCCCUCCUCCUGAGCCUCUUGUCCAUCUGUAAUAAACCGCGGCCCCAGCUGC